GGCAGCAGAUCCCCUGUGGAACCUGAGCUCCAUCGAGUUGGCUCCAGCUGCUGAUUGGCUGCUGUUCUGGUCGUGGUUUUGACGACCUGAGUAGUUGGAGGUCAUAAAUUCACGUUUUUACGUCAGUCUUCAUCCACAAGCCAUCGCUUUGAAGUCAUGUUGCGUUCAAAGCAAGGACCCACAUUAAUUUUACUGACGGUGGCUACAUUAGGUGGAGCCUGUGUCCCAAAUGGUCUGGACUUAAAGCUGCUGAAGGCAUUGACGGCUGAUUUGAGCAAGAACCAGUCUAUCGCCCCGUUCGUCAUGUCUACGCUGAUGACACAGGUCUGGCUGGGAGCCAGGGGCGACACCAGGAACGAGAUGACAUCAGUCCUAGACAUAAGGACAAACAAUGGAUGCAGCUUUUUGACGAGUUACAAACGUGCAAUCAGUGACCUAUCCCAUGGUCCUAGUAACAUCACUACCGGCGUCUUUAACCGGAUUUACAUCAAACACGGCUUCAGCAUUAAGUCGGGAUUUAAGGAUGUUUUACGAGAUUACUACUACGCUGACGUCAAGAAGUUUUCAUCUGCGGCGAAGGCGGCAAAGGAAAUAAACUCCGACGUGGCCAAAGCAACGAAAAACCGCAUCAAGGAUCUUGUGUCAGCGGGUGCUCUGCAGCAAGCGGUCAUGGUCCUGGUCAGCGCAUUGUACUUCAAGGGCCUGUGGCUGACCCAGUUCAAUAAGACCGUGACCGAGCCGUUCCUGACGGCCUCAGGGGAGAAGUCGGUCGACAUGAUGAAGCUCAACACCAGUGUGCCGUACGUGAAAAUGGCUGACUUUGAUGCGAUCUCCUUGUCGUACACGGACAAAAACUAUGCUAUGCUGAUCCUACGUCCACUGACACGUAACAUGGCUGCCGUUUCACGUCUAAGGGACUCCCUUGACUCCCUUGAUGUCGCCAAUAUCAUGAACAGGGUUCGUUCAUCGCCCGUUGAAAUCAGUUUGCCUCGUUUCAAGAUAACAGCGAGUUACAAACUGAAGAAAACCAUGUCUCAGUUGGGAAUUCAAAGGCUCUUCACGGCUCAGGCAGAUCUGGGUAAUAUUGCCGAUGGGCCGCUAGCUGUCAGCGAAAUAAUCCACAAGGUGUUUAUAGAAGUGACGGAGAAAGGUACGGAAGCUGCAGGAGCCGGAGCUGUCGUUGUCUUUGGCACGGGCGGCGUGCCACCUCCACCCGUCCAGUUCACUGCAGAUCGUCCCUUCUUUGUCAUUGUUUGCAACAAGAAACACAGGAUCAACCUGUUCUCCGCGUACGUGGCGUCGCCAUAGAAUUAUGGCUAAUGUUUUGCGCACAAUUUUCAGGCAAGUCGUGUGGUGCACGUUUGUGUCGUGUUGGGCAUUUAAGCACGCUUUACGGGAAUAUGGCUGUGCCGCUGCAUGUAACAGGGUCACGCACAAAAACUGCACAAAUUUUGCAAACGUUUGUUGACUUCGGAGCUUGUCUUCCCGACCUAAGCUUGCAACAUCCAUACAGAAGUUUUGAUGUAGAUAUUUAGGUGCCGAUAUUAUGGCCACUAUGCUGUAGGUUACUCCAGGCAGAACUGAGUGUUUUUUCCCUUGCGCUGUAUCAGAGUGCCAGGAAAUAUAUCUCUAG